AAAAUAUUUCUAUGUACUUUCUUUAAUUCCUUUUAUUAACACUUCAUCUUUACCUUAUUCAAAGAUUUGACUACUAAUCCUGUUGUAAAUUUACACUCUCCACUCUCAGAAUCUACCAGAAAAUCGACUAAUCUCCCAACCAUGGCGGUCGUGAAACUGUUCGGAGCUUGGACUAGUCCGUACUGUUACAGGGUAAUUUGGGCUUUGAAACUCAAAGGCAUACCUUACGAAUACAUCGAAGAAGAUCUCUCCAACAAGAGUCCUUUGCUUCUUCAAUAUAAUCCAAUUCAUGAGAAAGUCCCGGUACUCCUUCACGACGGAAAACCGAUCUGCGAAUCCACCGUCAUCCUUCGAUAUAUCGAUGAAGUUUGGCCGCAAAAUCCCUUGCUGCCGGCUGAUCCCCAUGAGAGAGCUGUUGCUCUGUUUUGGAUCAAAUUUGCUGAUGACAAGAGUCCUUUAAUCUCAAAGCUUUAUCGAACUGACGGUGAAGAACAGAAGGCGGUAGCGAAGGAGUGCUUCGAAAUGCUAGAAGUCGUUGAAGGGCAUGCGUUGAUCGGAGGGAAAAAAUUCUUCGGCGGAGACGAGAUAAACAUGGUGGACAUUGCAUUUUGCUCAUUUGCUCACUGGCUCGAGUAUAUCGAAGACUUUACAGGGCUUAAAAUCGUUGAACCACACAAGUUUCCUCGAUUGAAUUCAUGGAUCCAAAAUUUCAAAUCAGUCCCUGUAAUCAAAGACAACUUACUCGAUACUGAUAAGAUGUCUGCGUUGUUGAAAUGUCGGAGAGAGAUAUUGCUGGCAUCAAAAUCGAGUUAGGGUUUGGAAUAUUGAUUGCAUUUUCUCCCAUGGAAGUGUUAAAUGUUCCCCAUGCAAAUAAAUAAAACAAAACUUAUAGGUUUAAGUAUUUGAGAGGAUUCGAACAUUAAUGUACUUUAUUUAAGGGUUUUUAGAAUUUUAAUUAGUCAAGUUAUCAAUUUAUCGGACCAAUUCUAAUUGGUUUCCUCUAGAUCGAUAUUUCGAUUGGUUUUUGGUCCCGUCCAAUUCAAAUAUCAUUGAUUUUAUCACAUGGAGAAUUUGAGUGUUAAA